AUGAAGGCGGCAUGUGUUGCAGCUGGUAUCGAGGGGGGAAAGCAGGCGCUGAAGGAACAGGUGGCCUCUAGGAAAUUCAAUCUGAGGGAGCCAAGUAUUAUGGUGGAAAUGACUCAGGCCAUGCAUGCUUCUGUGAGGUCAUUCAUGGAAACGAAUGUUGCCUCCCUCCUUCAUUUGGUUGAGCUCGACUUGGAGGGUCUUCGCCAGCUGUGUCGUAAUCCUGACGUCAAGGACAACCCUACUAAAGGUGACCCUUUCAAAUUUGGAUUUUCCUCCUAUGAUCUCGGUAAGUGA